UCACAUGGCAUUGGCAUGCAAAGCCAGCUAUUAUCUAUACACUCCCCCCUCCUUCAUCCAUUAUUCCACAUGGAUUUCUCAGAUAAGAUGAACAUCUCUCUUUGAAAAAACACCUCUCACUUCACUAUUUUUCUUUUAAUUCCCUGUCAGUUCAUUGCCCAUCACAUUAAUGCUCUUUAUUUACAUGUCAUUAUAACUUACUUUCUCUUUUCUCUUCUGGGUUUUUUUGUCUCCGAGGAUGAGCACCACCCUCACAUUUCUCUUUUUCUUGUUGGAUCUCAACAGUUCUGUUUCUUUUUGACAGAUGGGUCUUUUAGUUUUGUGAAAUGGGGGUAUUGGGUCCCUUCCCCUUUUUUCUUUCUUUUUGUUUGUAUUAUUAUUAUUAUGAGAUUCAACACUAGGCAUUGUUUGCUUUGCCUGUCAGAUUCUCAAUAAGAAUCCUUUUUUUUUUUAAGUAGUGUUUGGGUAAGUUCUUUUUGCCUCUUGCAAUUUUGAGCUUUGGAGGGUUUCAUUAAAUUGUGGGGGGUUUGAGUUUUGAUUGUGAAAAACAAAGACAAUUUUGAUAUUUGUUGGUAGCCAAAGUUACUGAAUUUUAUGAGGAGUUUUAGAACAUGCACAAGGAAGAAAUCUGAAAAAAUUUUGAUGAUUCUGUUUAAAUCAAGCAGUGUUUGAAGUUAAUGUUGGAGAAAGGUGAAACAAGAGACCUAAUAUUUGUUCUCAUUGGUUCUUGAAUUAAUAGAGUUGAUUCUCAAUUGAAUCCUUGUAGUCCAUAUUAGCAAAGAAAUUGGUUCUGGUUUUUAUGGUGAAAGAAGAGAAAUAGUGGUUGCAAUUCAAUUGUUUGAAGAAAAAGGUGGACCAAGAAGGGGGGAAUUAUUAGCCUUUUUAGGUUCAAUUAUUUGAAGAAAAUUAUGGCUGCAAAGCUUCUACAUUCAUUGGCAGAUGAAAAUCCAGAUUUGCAGAAGCAAAUAGGAUGCAUGGUUGGGGUUUUCCAAAUCUUUGAUAAUCAUCAUUUGCUCACCACUAAGCGCCUCAGCCAUAGGAAUCUUCCAUCAGGUAAUUCCCACUUGAACAAUGGGAUCCAUGAAGGGGAUUCAAAUAAUGUAUUCCAUCGACAAACAGCAACAGAAAUGAAUAUAAACAGAAGUGGGAAUGAGAAACAAAGAAUUUCGAUGGAAUCUCCAAGAGCAUCUUUUUCAUCAUCACGCUCAUCUUCUUUUUCUUCGUUGGAUUAUAACAAAACAGCUCAGCAAGGGGUCCCUUUCCCUGAAAAUCCUGAUAGGGACACAGCAAUGAAUCGACCAAGUACUUCUCCACAUUUGGGGCCUCAAUGUGUUGACCUCCGAGAUGUGGUUAAGGAUUCAAUGUAUAGAGACGCAAGAGGACUGUUGGUCAAAACAGCAACUAGAGAGGAAGUAUUGGGCAAUACGGUGAAGCAUAGAGAUUCGCCGAGGCCAUUUCAUGUUCCUAAAUCAGUGGAUGGGUCUUAUGGUGUCAGGGUCAAUGGAAAGAAAAAUGUGCCUGAUGAUUUAAAGGAGUCUCUUAGAGUUCUUGCAAAACUUCGGGAAGCACCUUGGUACUUUAACAAUGAAGCUCGGGAACUUCAAAGGUCAUCACAGGAAGCAAAUGGUUCAUGGAAGUCAAUUUCACGGGACACCCAUGCGCCUCGGUUUUCUUAUGAUGGAAGAGAGGGCAAACAUUCAUCUUUUGAAUCACGAGACACCUUCAAAUCAGCACCAAAGCUUAAAGAGCUGCCGAGACUUUCUUUGGAUAGUUGCGAAAGGUCAAUGAGGAGUUCAAGUUAUCUUACGGAAAGUUUUCGUAAUAGUGGCAACUUGGACAGUGGAGUUGCUAAUCCACCACAACCACCGGGAGCCCCGAAGCGCCCUCCUAAUGUUAUAGCCAAGCUGAUGGGCUUGGAAUCAUUGCCGAGUUCUUCCUCAGCUGAUGAUGGGCAGUUGGGUGUGAUUAAAACCUGCUUGACUGAAGAUAACAAUCCCUUCUCAUGGCCGCUAAGAGGAAAUGAUCCGAACAAGCCAACCGGAACUAGCUCUACGAGAAGCUCAUCGAAAGAACCGACAUCUCCGCGGUGGAAAAAUCCCGACUUGAUCAUGAAACCUAUUUCUAGUUCAAGGUUCCCUAUUGAGCCAGCACCAUGGAGACAUGUUGAUGGAACUCGAGGUUCUCGGAAACAACCUCUCAAACAUGUAAAAUUUCCAGCCAAGAGUCCAAACACUUUCCCUUCCGUUUAUGGUGAGAUUGAGAACAGACUGAAAGAUCUAGAGUUUAAACAAUCCGGAAAGGAUCUCAGAGCUCUUAAACAGAUAAUAGAAGCGAUGCAAGCAAAGGGACUCCUUGACACCCGGAAAGAACAAGCUGCAAACUUGGUGAAUCAAAGAGGCAAUGAACCAAAAUGUGCAAGCCUCGAUCAGAAUCCAAGAGGCCAGCAAAGUCUGCCGAACACUCGCAUCAACACUUCCACAGCUAGGGGUUUGGAUUCUAAUAGAACAUAUGAAUCUCCUAUUGUUAUCAUGAAACCAGCAAAACUUGUUGAGAAAGGUGGUAUUAAAGCUUCAAAAGUAAUUCCAAUAGAUGACUUUUCCAGCCUUCCCAAGAUUCAAAGUGGGGGAUCUGUAGAUAACAAAAAGGGUUUGACAAAUACUCGAGUAGCUCGAGAUCGUACUGCCAGAAAUAGUCAUAGCGGUUCUGCUUCCAGCUCUACUGAUAAGAAAGCUAGUAGCAGGAGUAUUAGGUCCAUACAGCCUUCGAUGAAAGGUCCGAAAGAAAGUACUGCAACUACAGUAAAGAAUUCGGGAUCGAUGAGCCCAAGACUGCAGCAGAAAAAGCUUGAAUUGGACAGGCGAUCUCGUCCACCUACUCCACCAUCUGAUCCAAGCAAACCCAGAAAGCAUUCCAACCAGCAUUCAUCUGAGUUUGGUUCCCCUGGUGGUAAACAUAGACCAAAAUCUCCAGAAAUGCAGCAAUGUGAUGACCAACUGAGUCAGAUAAGUACUGAAUCACGGGCUUCUAGUCACCAAGGUGAUGACAUUUCUCUGCAAUCAGACAGCAGUAUCAUCCUGCCGUCCAAGUUAGAUGUGGAAGUCACCAGUCAUGAACAAACUGUUGGGAUCAUUGAUAGUCAAAGCCCAUCCAUGACGGCAGUGCAGUGUUCAAUUUCCGACUUAAUGCCGAAGAAAUCAACAUCAAGAAUGGUUGAGGACGAAUCAAUGGAAGAACCUGCUGUGGUUGCUCCGGAGCAUCCAAGUCCAGUUUCUGUCCUUGAUACCUCGGUUUAUAGAGAUGAUGAACCAUCUCCAGUAAAGCAGAUAUUGAAUGCCUCUGGAGGUAAUGGUGCUGAAGGUUUGAACGAAGAUCACAAGGAAGAGCAAUGGAACCCUGCAGAUAAGUGCUUGGCUAACAAUGUGGGGUCUGGUCUUACAUCCGAGAUUAAUCGCAAGAAACUACAGAACAUUGAGCAUUUGGUCCAAAAACUGAGAAGACUUAACUCCGGACAUGAUGAAGCCAGUACGGAUUACAUUGCAUCCCUUUGUGGAAAUACAAAUCCCGAUCACAGAUACGUUUCUGAGGUAUUAUUAGCCUCAGGCCUUCUACUGAAAGAUCUUGGUUCUGGCUUGACAACAUUUCAGCUCCAUCCAUCAGGCCAUCCCAUCAACCCGGAGCUGUUUUUUGUUUUGGAGCAAACCAAAGCAAGCUCUUUGUUAUCAAAGGAAGAGAAUAACACCGUAAACGCUGGAUACAUUUCCCAUUCAAAGUUGAACCAUCAGAAAUUCCAUCGAAAGCUUAUAUUUGAUUCUGUUAAUGAGAUUCUAGUUGGAAAGUUGGCUCUAUUUGGAGCAUUUCCGGAGCCUAGGAUAAAUUCCGGCAAGUUGGCAAAGAAGACCCUCACUGCACAACAGCUUCUAAAAGAAUUAUGUCUCGAGAUUGAGCAGCUUCAAGCAAAGAAACCGAAUUGUGACCCGGAGGAAGGUGAGGAUGGUCUGAAAAACAUAUUGUGGGAAGAUGUAAUGAGUCGAUCAGAGAGUUGGACGGAUUUUAACAGUGAGAUUUCGGGGAUGGUGCUGGAUGUUGAACGGUUGGUCUUUAAGGAUUUAGUUAAUGAGAUUGUGAUUGGCGAAGAAGGUAGCUUACGGGCCAAGCAAAGCAGGCGGAGGCGGCAGCUGUUUUCCAAGUAAACUAUUUGCAAAAUGCCUUCUAAAUGUUUUUUUUUUUCCUUUUUUUUUUUUUUUGGUUUUAAUGAAAGUAUAAUAAUUGAUGGAUAAGAAUUAAGAACUGCAAGCAAUGUUUUGUAUCAUACUUUCUUAGAUUAUGACAGCAUUCAUAUUUUGUAUUAAAACUCAUUGUAUAUGAACUCAUGUUUUGUUUUAUGCUGAUCAGCUAAUGGUCUAUGAUGUUUCA